AUGGGAAUUAAACAGCUUUACCAGGUUAUCUCGGAAGCAGCUCCCGAUGCUAUCAAGAAUGGGGAGAUCAAGAAUCACUUUGGUCGCAAGGUCGCCAUUGAUGCAUCGAUGAGUAUCUAUAGCUUCCUCAUUGCUGUCAGGUCCGAGGGCCAAGUUCUCACAUCCGAAACCGGAGAAACAACAUCCCAUCUUAUGGGAAUGUUUUACCGAACAUUACGAAUGGUCGAUAACGGUAUUAAGCCACUGUACGUCUUUGACGGCAAGCCACCGACUUUGAAAUCUGGCGAGCUUGCAAAGCGUACAGCUCGAAAAUUUGAGGCCCAGGAGGCUCACGAGGAGGCCAAAGAAGUCGGAACUGCCGAAGAGAUUGAAAAAUUCUCUCGAAGGACGGUUAGGGCAACGAGAGAACAUAAUGAAGAGUGUAAAAGGUUACUAAAACUUAUGGGGAUACCUUACCUCGACGCGCCUUGUGAAGCCGAAGCACAAUGUGCUAUUUUGGCUAAGUCAGGAAAGGUUUACGCCGCUGCAUCCGAAGACAUGGAUACCCUCUGUUUUGAGACACCCAUCCUACUCCGCCAUUUAACCUUUAGUGAGCAACGGAAACAGCCUAUUCAAGAGAUUCAUCUGGACAGAGUUAUGGCGGGACUUGACAUGACCAGGGAACAGUUCAUUGACCUUUGUAUUCUCCUCGGGUGUGAUUAUUGCGAUACCAUACCCAAGGUCGGCCCUACAACUGCUUUGAAACUGAUUCGCCAGUACAAAUCAAUCGAGGGUGUCAUUGAGAACUUAGAUAAGGACAAAUAUAAGGUCCCAGAUUAUUUUCCUUACCAAGAUGCUCGGGAGUUAUUGAUGAAUCCUGAGGUGGUACCCGCAGACGAAUGCGAUUUCAAAUGGGAUGCGCCAGAUACAGAGGGCCUCGUGGACUUUCUAGUAGGGGGGAAAGGUUUCAAUGAAGACCGCGUCAGAAGUGGUGCAGCAAGAUUGUCAAAAAAUCAGACAACUGCGCAGCAGUCGCGACUGGAGGGUUUUUUUAAAGUUAUCCCCAAGACCGAAGAAGAACUAGCAAAUCUGAAGCGUAAAAACGAAGAAAAGGUCGCCGAGAAAAAGAAAAGGGCGAAGCUUGAUGCAAAAGCUAAGAAGGACUCUAAGAAAGCACCAAGAGGUGCAAAUUAG